CCUGCCCCUGCUCUCCAUCCUCACACACGGUCCAGGGACUUGAAGAAGCUCGAAUAAAGAUGCUCAUCGUCUCGGGUCGCCGGAGCCUUGUCACCGGGUGAAGUUGAGCGCGCAAACAGAGGAAGCGGUACAUCCAGCAGCAGUAUCAGCAGCAGCAGCAGUAUCAGAACCUCCACCACAUCUCUCUCUCUCCUCUGUCUCUCUCUCACCGACAUGGAGCUGCAGAGAUCUAUUUCGGACAACGAGCGCGCGCUCAGGAGCUACGGCGCCGUGUCGGAGACGGCGUGGACCACGGACAAAGGUCACUCAGACGUGUCCAUGGCAGAGAGCACCAUGUCUCCAGAUGAGAUCGAGGUGGAGAUGACUCGUAUCCAGCGCCUGCGGGAGGUCCUGGUGCGCCGGGAGUCCGAGCUGCGCUUCAUGAUGGAUGACGUUCAGCUCUGCAAAGACAUCAUGCGUUUAAAGCAGGAGCUGAGGCUGAUUGUCGCAGUGCCAGAGAAAGAAAAAACAAAGAAGCACCGGCAGCGGGAAGAGGAGCUGAUCCUGAAGAUCCAUAAACUGGUGCAGAAGAGGGAUUUCCUGGUGGAUGACGCUGAGGUGGAGAGAUUAAGGGAGCGAGAGGAGGACAAUGAUAUGGCAGAGUUCCUCAGACUGAAGCUGAUUCCUCUGGAGAAGAAGCUCAAAGAGGCACAAAAUCCUCCAAAGCCUAAGAGACAGAUCCUGGAGCUGCCGCCCAACAAACCAUCCAUCACCAAGUCAGGAGUGGCCAUCAUUAAAGACUGCUGCGGAGCCACCCAGUGUGCCAUCAUGUAACCCACAAGAGAUCUCUUUAUAACCCCGUCCACGCAUCAGAAUAACACACGUGCUUCACAUGACAUGCCAUACAUCACUUCCUGUGACACAAAG